AUGAGAUGUUUGUUCUUCUUUGGUUUUGAUGUGAUUUGUGAAGGCACAGCGAAAAACUCAAAAACUUUAAAAAAGUCACAACGUAAUGGAAUUUCAAUGGAUUGAGUGUUAAAAUGCUUUUACAUGAUGACGGAAAAUUCAGAAAAUGACCAAAUAAUCUUGGCUACAGGGGGUUAUGAUCACACAAUCAAAUUAUGGCAAACACACACUGGAAUCUGCAGCAGGACUAUGCAGCAUGCAGAAUCUCAAGUGAAUGGUCUAGAAAUCUCACCAGACAAAGACCUUUUAGCAGCAGCAAGUUACCAGCAUAUAUACAUGUAUGACCUACAUUCAAACAAUCCCAGUGCAAUAGUAAAUUAUGAAGGAACUUCCAAAAAUGUAACUAGUGUGGGAUUUCAAGAAGAUGGUAAAUGGAUGUACUCAGGUGGAGAAGACUGUAGAGCUAGAAUCUGGGAUUUACGAUCUAGAAAUAACCAGUGUCCAAAGAUAUUUGAGGUUCAAGCACCAAUAAACUGUGUCUCAUUACAUCCUAAUCAAGUAGAGUUGUUUGUGGGAGAUCAAAAUGGCAUAAUCUAUAGGUGGGACCUAAGAACAGACAAUAAUGAACAGCUAAUACCUGAGAAUGAUGCUAUGAUUCUAGAUAUAGACAUUUCUCCUGAUAGUCAGCUCAUGGCAUCUGUGAACAAUAAAGGAAAAUGUUAUAUUUGGAGCUUAGUAUCUGGUAGUAAUGAUACCCCUACAAAAAUGAUUCCAAAACAAAAGUUUGAAGCACAUAAAAGACAUGCAUUGAAAUGUAAAUUUAGCCCAGAUUCAAAUUUGUUGAUAACUACAUCAGCAGAUCAAUCUGCAAAAAUCUGGGACACCUCUGAUUUCUCAUUAGUUCAGGAGCUGAUACAAGAAAACCAGAGAUGGGUAUGGGAUGCUGCAUUCAGUGCAGAUGCACAGUAUGUUUUCACAGCUUCCUCAGAUGGAUAUGCCAAACUGUGGAAUGUCAAGAAGGGUGUUAUGGAAAGAGAAUAUGCUGGACAUCAAAAAGCAGUAAUUGCUUUAGCUUUCAGGGAUGCAUCAUAAUAAGUUUGUAAUACUUAGUUAAGUUAAAUAAUAGUCCUCUUUGAUUUUUUGAAUCAGUUUGAUGGGAAGAAAUAAACAAUUCAAAUUG